AUGAACCAAGAAGAUGAUGAAACAGAAAUGGUCAAAUAUCGUGUUGACCAACUAUUUCCAGGUGGAGUACAAUCCGUACGUCCUAAUCCAAAGCAGAAAGAUAUUGUUUAUAUGCCAAUAUUUACGAUAACCGUCGUAGUCAUCCUAAUUAGUGUAUUUAUUAUUUCUCAAAUUGACAAAGGACGUUAUGGUAUAAAUAAGAAGGGUAGUUUGUAUGUGCCAUGUAUGAAGCCGGCUGGUCAUCAAACACGAACAUUGGUUAUUGUGUGUGAUUUGGCUGAAAAAUGUACUUACGAUGAAUUACUUAAAUCAAUGUGUUCACAUUUUCUUUAUCCUUAUCAACUCUAUCGAUUCAUCACCGCCAUGUUUCUUCAUAUGAAUCUACUUCAUUUUCUCGUUAAUACACUGAAUAUUAUUCUCUGUGGUAUUACUGUUGAACGAAAAUUUGGAUCCGUCAAAACUUUAAUCGUCUACUUUGUUUCAUCAUUUACUGCCAUGCUUAUGCACGCUGUGCUAUUUAAUCAGUCGCUUGGACUUGGAGCAUCGGGAGCCAGCUACGGUCUUCUUGUAGUAGUCAUAGUCGAUCGUCUUGGAACAUUAUCAAAGGCCAAUCGUCUUCGAAUUCUCAUUGAAAUUCUCUUCUAUUUCAGUGUACUCAAUAUUCCCUAUAUCGUGAUGAGUUUUUUCUAUCAAAUUAAUCACGAAGCUCAUGUGGCGAGUGCAUUAGUAGGAUUAUUAUUAGGCAUCGUGCUGUCUGAAUAUGCUGCUAUUUCUCGACAAUUAAGAUACGUUUCUAUAUUUCUUAUCGUAGUAAUUUUUACAGCACUUAUUAUUACGUUUUUUGCAACAAACGCACCACACUUGAAAUGGAUUGAAAAUGCGUUGUUAACCAAUGAAUCAUUAGUCAGUGUAGUAGAUUAA